AUGUUCUGUUUGAGGCCGCUGAGUGGUAGAUUGAUUGUGUCGUGUGAGGUGAAGAGGAGAGGAAGCAGGAAGGUAGGGAAGGGAGUAAGUAUAUGGGAUAUGGAGUAUGGAAAUGACGAAACUCAAAAUCCUGGGGGAAUCAGAGGACUGGUUCCACUGGUGUUCCAAGGUAUGUAUCAAUGGGCGAUGGAUCUAAGUCCAGGGAAGGUUUGGCUCGAGGUUCACUAG